CGCAGGCGCCGGCGGCGCUGUGGAGCCCGGCGCCUACGCGCAGCAGAUGCAGCAGGGGUGGCCCGGGCACGCGCCUGGGCAGCCGCCCGCGCAUCCGCAGGGCGGGGCCGUGCCACAGGGUGGCGCCGCGCCCAUGGGCGGCCCCAUGCAGCCUGGCCACAUGCCGCCGCAGCCAGGCUGCCCCGGCGGCAUGCAGGUGCCCCACGCGUCCGGGCAGCCCGGCAUGCAGGGUGGCGCCGGCCAGCCUCCCGGGGCGUGGCCCGGCAUGGGCUACAGCGCCCCCGGCCCCUGCGAGGCGCACCACCCCGCCGGUCCCGGGCAGGGCCAGCAGCGGCACGGUUACGCGCCCCCCCUGCCGCAGCACGUGGCGGGCAUGCCCAUGCAGCCCUACGCGGGCCAGGCCCAGCCGCCCGACGGCUCGUCCGGCCAGCAGGGCUGCCUCCAGGGCAUGAUGCCAGGCAUGAUGGUGCAGACGCCGCAGGGCAUGAUGGUGCAGACGCCCCAAGGCUUGAUGCUCGUCCAGCCCAAUAUGAUGCAGCCG